AUGCUUACCCGAAACUUGUUGAGAAAUGUACAGCAGCGCUACUUCCAAACCUCCCGGAGGCUUGCAAUCACUUUUGAGGGAAAUACCCGUGAGGACCUUGGGAGUGAAGAAGAGAGGAUGACCAACGUUUUUGGAGGUAGGAUCAAAGGUGACUCUCCUCGAUCAACCAGCCGAAUAAUGAGAGGACUUCCCAGAAAUAUUGCCGGCGUGCUAGUACCGGAACGACCUUCGGAACCAGACAACUGCUGCAUGUCAGGAUGCGUUAAUUGCGUUUGGGAGAUAUACAAUGAGGAUCUCAGAGACUGGAAAGACAAGCGUAAAUUAGCCGCUAAUAGUCUCAAGGGGUCUGAUAAAACUUGGCCGGCAGAUUUCCAACCGCCUUUGAAUCUUUUGGAGUUACAAAACGUUCCUACAAAGUUAAAGACUGCCAAGAUCAAGCUUGAUAAGCAAAAGAGUCGAGGAACCGCGGCUUUGUUCCCCCCCAGGGAAGGAAAUUUGCCGCAGAGCGUCAUAGAUGCAAAGAAGAGACGACAGGCUGAGAAGGAGAGUAUGCAGGGCGGAGAUGUCGACCAGGAUGGAGAUGAGGGGUGGGACGAUAUUCCGGUUUUCAUAAGGGUAUUCGCCGAGUUUGAAGGAAGAAAGAAACAUGCUCGCGAGAGCCACACUAGCUCCUGA